CACGUGGCAUCUACGUGUUGCAUAUGUGGACCACACAUAGGCGCCACUUCAUCAGUGUUCAGUCAAAGGUUGACUGCCGUUAGGUCAACCGUUAGUUCUAACGGUCAACAGAAAUUUACGUAACAAUUGACGCAAACAUCUAAUAGGUUGGAAUAUUUUUGUAUUUAUUGAAUUUACGUAAUAUAAAUGACACUUUUACUAAAGGUUGGUAUUUCCAGUGGUAUUAGCCCAAAAAAUUAAUAAUAUUAAUCAUUAUGUAAUUAUAAUCUAAUUAAAAAUCCAUAAUUCACAUCCUGAUCCCCCUCCCCCCUUCCUUCCUUACUUUCCUUGCACCCCAAUUUGGGGGUAACCCGAAAUAGUGAAUUUACGCUCACGUUUUGCACCCCCUACUGUUACAAAAUAACCAAAUGAGGGUAAAUACCUUGAAAUUUGUGUUUAUCCCCCAAGCUUGCACCCCCUUCCAUCUGCACCCCUUCCCAAACAUAAUGUUAGUAAACUUUCAUAAUGACUAGUUGGAGAAUUGCUUUUGUGGAUUGACUCGCGAACCACCCGCACCCAUCCGCCACCCACCCAACUCAACUCACAGAAGUAUGUGAAUAGAUUAUAAGUUACAAUUAUUUCAACUCACUAGUAAGCGAUUGAUCAUUCUAAGAUCAAAACCCACCCCACCCCACCCGCCCAACCCCAUUGUUCACCUAGGGGACUAGAUACUAUGACAACACUCCUUGUGUUGUUAUUAUAACAACACUAGUAUCCAACCAAUAGGAAGCUAGGGUUGUAAUGACUUUUUAUUAGAUGAGUUGACCUAGUGUAAAAUCAUAGCAGGGGUAUAAUUGUCAUUAUGAAAAAUAUGUUUAAAGUAUAAAAUAAAAAAUAAAAAAAUAUUUUUUAUUUUCGGCCCAAAAUUUCGGUUGCCGGAAUUCUGCCACCGGUCGCCGAAAAAUGGGCGCUGGUCACCGGAAUAUGCUUUUUGUCGUCGGAAUAUGCUAUUAUGUCAUCGGAAUAUGCCACCGUCGCCGGAAUAUGCUCACCGCGGUCGGAAUAUGCUUACCGGCGUCGGAAUCUAGUCAUCGGGGACGGAAUAUGCUUAUCGGCGUCGGAAUCUGCUGAUUGACGGUCACCGGAAUUCGGUCAACGACCACCGGAUGUAUGGUCUACAUUGUGAGAUUUAUGUUUUGGUUUCUCAUAUUUUCGUAUGCCUUUUGUGGUUUGCUUUAUCGUGUUUGUGGUUUGCAUUAAGAAGUUUCUGGUUUGCUUUAUCGUGUUUGUGGUUUGCAUUGAGAAGUUUCUGGUUUGCUUUGAAAAUUUUUGUAGUUUGCAUUGAGGGGUUUCUGGUUUGUUUUAAUAUAUUUGUGGUCUGCAUUAGGACGUUUAUGGUUUGCUUUUUUGUGGUUUGAUUUACUGUGUUUGUGGUUUGCAUUAAGAGGUUUCUGGUGUGCUUCGCAAAUGUUGUGGUUUGCUUUGUGAGGUUUGUGGUUUGUUUUAUGAGAUUUGUGGUAUGCAUUCGGAGGUUUCUGGUUUGCUUUAUUGUGUUUCUGGUUUGCAUUAAGAAGUUUAUGGUGUGCUUUCGAAAAUUUUAUGGUUUGAUUUGUGGGGUUUCUGGUUUGUUUUAAUAUAUUUUUGGUCUGCAUUAGUAGGGAUGGCAAAAAUAUCCGUAACCGUGGAUAUCCACCCGAAUCCGACCUAAUCGGGUAGGGUAAAACCCAAACCCGAAGCAUUUUUCGUGGGUACGGGUAAAACCCGAACCCGAAUAUUGCGGGUAAUGGGUGGGCAUGGUUAUCUCACUAUCCAACCCGAACCCGCCCGAUCAUACACAUUCAUAUGUAUUUUGUCUAGAAAUAAUCAUUAUUUUUCCCUAGAAUAUUUUAUAUUUAGCAUAUAAAUAUAAUAUUUUCAUGAAAUUAUGUUGUUUUAAUUAAUUUUCGUCAUUCUAGUGAAUUAUUGUCGUACUUUUCCUCUUACGUAAUGUGAGUAUACGUGUGAAUGUUAACAUAUUGGUUGGAGUUAUAAGGAGAAAUUAUUACCCAUGGAUAACCGUGGAUACCCGAAACCCGAACUGGUAUGAGCAUGGUUUUGAUUUUCUACCCGUUUCUCGUGUGGGUACGGGUAUGGGUAAAACCCGAACUACAUUGGGUAGGGUAACGGAUAUGCACUAUCCGCCCCCGACCCGACCCAUUGCCAUCCCUAUGCAUUAGGAGGUUUGUGGUUUGUUUUACCUUGUUUGUGGUUUGCAUUAUGAGGUUUCUGGUGUGCUUUCGGAAUAUUUGUGGUAUGCUUUGUGGGGUUUUUGGUUUGUUUUAGGGGAUUUGUGGUAUGGAUUGGGAGGUUUCUGGUACGCUUUUUGUGAAUUGUUUUACCGUAUUUGUGGUCUGUAUUGGGAGGUUUUUGUUGUGUUUUAGAAAUAGUUGUAGUUUGCUUUAUGAGUUUCUCGAUCCGCAUUAGCAGGUUUCUGGUAUGUUUUUUUGGUUUGGUUUAUCGUCAUUGUCAUAUGUAUUAGUAGGUUUCUAAUAUUACAUACAUUGAUUGCGGAUACAUAAGGAAAAAUGCAGAAGAAAGAAAGUAGCAGCAUAGUUGGUGUCUUUCAGAUUACUACUUUGGCCAUUAAUCUCAGGUUAAGCUAGUUCUGCCUAGAAUUGAGCUUGCCAUUGUUGUCUACUCUUUUUACCUUUCUAUUGUAUGUAUCUGUAAUUGCAUGCGUGUGGAUCACAUGACCCUUUUGGUGUUCAGUGUUAAGAGCAUAAAUUUCAGUUGCUUGUCAAAACCCAGUUCCUUGAAUAUGGUUCUACUUCCUUUCUUCUACAUUUUUUCCUUAUGUAUCCGCAAAGAUCAUUCCUUUUUCUCUUGUUUUCGAUCUGGUGAAUUUCGCCUCUAAUGGGAUAUAGUUUUAUUGAGUCUUUCAGAUUACUACUUUGGCCAAGUACUCUCUGGUGUAGUUAUGAGAAGCAGGAAAAUGAGGCCCGCAAAACAGAACCCGAGUCACUUGGCUUUUCUCACUUUCGCAGGGCCGGCCAAGAGGGUGUGCUGGCCCGCCCUCCGGCACAGGGCCUCAGAAUAUUAGAGGCCUCUACUUAGAUUCGUUAGUUAUCGAUCGUAUAUUGUAGGUUGUAUUUUUAGUGUAUGAUUGAUUGAUUAUGAGUAUGAUGAUGUGUUUAAUAGAUAAUUUUAGCUAUAAUAACAAUUGAAAAGGAUCUCAUGGAGAAUAGGAAAAUCUGAAAAAUAAUAGAUAAUUUUAAUUUAAACAAUAUAGAAAGAUAUUACAUUUUGAAUAAUGUUAUUAUAAUCAUUUUAGUUUUAUUAUAGUUAAAGGUCGAUUUGGACCACGUCUAGAUUUUAAAAUAGGGCCUCCACGAUCUAGUAGACAACCCUGCACCCACCUCUCGAUCAAUUUAGACUAUUUUCAUUUCUCCAUUCAAUUUUUGAGCUAUAUCCAUUUUCUCUUCCUUCCAGAUUUACUUUCCUCCCUACUAGCGCUGGGAAUUCGGUAUUGGUUUCUUGGUCAAACUGGAAACGAGAUGGUUUAUUCCUGAUGUAAUCUUUUUCUGAACUUAAGAAUUUUUUUAUAAUUAUUUACUAAUUUUUAAUUUUGAUAAAUUUAUGUGGGAAAAAAUUAGGGCCACAUUUUAAAUUUUCGAACAGGGCCUCCAAAUACCAUGGGACGGCCCUGCACUUUCGCCGACCAUUUUGCUCUCCUCCUUCAGCAGCGUAUCUGAAACCAUGAUCGAAGAACAUAGAUUAACGAAGGCCUCAUUUCAGGGGGAAAAUCAAACGAGAAAAUCGCUAGCUAGGCAUCAGUUCAAUCGAUAACUAAAGAGAAGAUUCGAACGGGAAGAGGGGGGAACCGACCUGAGAAGUUACGGAGGAGGAAUCGGCGGCGGCGGCGGCGACGGUUCGGGUUGAAUUGAGGAAGGCUCUUCGGAGAUGCUGGCAGUACAUAUGGAUUUUGUACCGGCGUUUGGCGAUUGAGACGGAAGAGACCACAAACGCCGUGAUUUCCUCGCCAAACAAGUCCUCUAUUUCUUUCUCUCCUCUCCCGCCUGUUCACGUCCGUUGGCGCUCGUACCAGCCAUCUCUCUCGACGGAAGCAUAGUUGUGGCAGAUUUUAAUUUUUUUUUUUUUUUGUUUCUGAUCACAGCUAGAGCAUCCAUCGAUAGAGAAACAAUAGAAGGGAAACGCCAGCGAUGGAGAACAACCGGCGACCAGAUUCCACUUCCUUGACCAUUCAGAUCUGGCGAUUUCAUGCCCCCGCGCGCCGAAGAAGGAACACCGGGUGCUUUUCGGUGCGCCACCUGCUACUGCCACCGCAGCUUCCACCCCCAGGAGAUGGAUGCUCCACGAGCUCCGCCGUCGCUAUUACUCUUUAAUCCACCUCCGCGCGACGAUGAAAUUCUGCAAAAAAAGAGAGAGAAAUCGCGGGAAUGGGAAGGGCCGAAGGGGGAGUGAUUUUUUAUUAAUUGUUAUUUUGGAAUUUUUAAUGUAAUUUACCAUUUGUCCUGUUGGUACCGUGCUUAUCCUAUUAUCGCAAACGUACAGCUCAGCAAACUUUGAUGACAAAGCACGUGGGCCCCACUUGACCUCUUCCCGCUCCGCCUUACACAGAAAGAUAUUUUAUCAUUGAUCUCAUUUCACUCCCGCCGCGUUGCCGGGUUAAUUCAGGAACCGAACCACCGAUGCAGGUUACCCCAUCUAACCGGCCAGACCACCCCCCGGGUUUCUACUACAAAAUAAUAAUACAUUUCCCCGCCUAAAUAGGAAUAUCGGUCAACCCGAAUAACGUAGCGCGAACAUUACGCAACCUUUGCUCCGAAUCCGAACGGGAUAAUUUGAGACAUAGCCGGCCCGGCAUUUAAACCCACGCUGAAAGAUGCGCAAUGCGCACCCUUUUCACCGCCUAACUAACCCUAGUUAAGGGAACCCCCGGCUCUAUAUAAUCAUACCAGACCCACGCUCUCUCUGCUCAUUCUCACCCAAAUCGGGCUCUUCUCUGACAAUUUCUGUUAGGUUUUUUUUUCCCCCGGUAUAACAAUGGCUUCCGCCGAUCUUGAGUACCGGUGCUUCGUCGGUGGCCUGGCCUGGGCUACCACCGACGAGGUACUCCAAGACGCCUUCAGUCACUUUGGCGAGAUCAUCGAAUCGAAGGUCAUCAACGAUCGUGAGACAGGAAGGUCCCGUGGAUUCGGAUUCGUGACCUUCAGGGACCAGCAGGCGAUGAAGGACGCGAUUGAAGGGAUGAACGGCCAGAAUCUCGAUGGCCGUAACAUUACCGUCAACGAGGCUCAGUCCCGCUCCGGCAGUGGCGGCGGCGGUGGUUACAGGAGUGGUGGACCCCGCAGAGACGGCGGCGGCGGAGGUGGAUACAAUCGUGGAUAUGGAAACGGCGGUGGUGGUUAUGGCGGCGGCGGUGGUGGGUACGGAGGCGGUGGAUACGGUGGUGGCCGGGACCGUGGUUAUGGCGGUGGUGGUUACGGAGGCGGCGGCGAUGGCGGUUCCCGCUACUCUUCCAGGGGCGGUGGUGCCUCCGACGGAAACUGGAGGAGUUAGAUGAUUAUAGAUUAGGAGGGAUGUGGAAGGUGUCAUGAUUUUGGAUUAACUUUGUGUUUAAAAUUAGCCGUGGUUCUGAUCGGUUUGGUUCUUGGUUACUUGCUUGUCCGAGUUCUGGUUCUUGUUCUCUCUCUGUGUGUCCGUUGCAUUGGGUUCUGGUUCGCGUUUCGGGUUACUGUUCGGGUUUACGGUUACGCUCCAUGGAAUUGUUGUGUCUGGAAAAUGAAUGAAUGGAAACUGAGUACAUAUCUUCAUUUUGCAAAAUAUCUGAGUCUUUGGCGCCGUUAUUAUUAUUAUUAUAUUGUUUUUUUAUGGGAAGUGCCGUUAUUAUCUUCGGUUCGUUAUCACUGACAAUUAUGGCUGACCUGCACUGCACGAAAAGUGAAAGAGAGUUGGGUGGGGGCUGGUGACGUGCAUGUGACGUGAGACUUGAAUGGUCUUUUGAUGUGAUAUGAUUGUGAGCCUGGUCUUGUCGUUGGGCUUUGUAUUGGCCCGGCCCAGUAACAAUUUGGCUGGUAGGUUUUGUAUGCGUUGGGCUUACAUAAGUAAUCGGGACGAUGACGGAAGCCCAAAGAAGAGGUUAUGCCGUUAUGAGUGUAAGCGUGAUGAAAACCUCUAUAAGCGAACAGAUCAUAAAUCGGGCGUUCCAAUCCAAUGAGUCGUCUGUGAGUACGUUGUUACAAAAUGCAUUAGAGUAGUGUAAUCAGGAUCAAAUAACAAAGUUAUUAUUGGUACAUAAAAUAGUGAGAAAGUUUUCACAAGAUGCAGAUGAGCAGGUUCUAACAAAAUCGUGUCUAUUACAAAUAGAAAUAAUAUAUUUGAAAAGCUCAAAAUAGUUGGGAAGUCAUAUUUUGUUUAUCUUGUUCAAGACUGUGCUAGGAGGCUGGUGGUAGUGAUGAUAAUUUGAACCCGCCCCGUGGGUAUAUAUGUCUCCUAUUUGGACUUUUCUUCAACUAACAUGUAACUGUGGGUCGACCCUCCCCGCCCCGUAUCCGCGCGAAUUUUACCCGUCCAGACACGUAGUAGCAUGAGACGGGACAUGGAAAUUGAAGUGCCCGCUCUGCCGUGCCCCCUAGCUUGUAGAAAAGUCUGGAGACAGAUGUCCUCAGUUGUUGGACUUCAUUAUACUGGGAUUGCCAACUUUUUUUAGACAAAGUUCUUGGCCACUCAAGAUAGACUACGUCUGGUUCACAAUUGUGUGUUUUAGAGAGUCACGCUCUAACAAUAGCGGACCCAGAAUUUGAAACUAGGUGUGUUAGUUUUUUUUCAAAUAUAAAUUAUUUUAAUGGGAGAUUUUGUUUUUGGUAUAAUAAAUAAAGGGUGAAUUACAAAUUUGAUAACUGAUAUUACUAAUUUGUUACACAUUUGUCGUUAAUUUUUUUUAUUAGAUCAAUAAUCACUAACUUUAUACUCUUAUUCCAUCAAUGGCCAUUUGACAACGCUGUCCAUCUCCGUUAUGGUAAUCAAACAACAAGAAUUUAGCUUUUAUGCUAUAUCAAAAUACCCUUAUGUCACCUUCAAGAUGGUGAGACUGAGAUCGAUUACUUGCAUAAAUAUACUUAGCAGGUUUUUUUUAAAUUAAAAUUACUUGUGUCCCGUGACAAAGUCAAAAUCUUUUGCCUCCACUUAUGAACUCAAAACAAAAUCCGUCAACCUUCUCCGUUAGGAUAGAGUCAGAUGUUUUUGAAGGCCCUAAUACUCACCGGCCAUCUCCAAAUGAAUGUUGUUUCAUGGCUUGAUAGUCAAAGUUCUUUACUUUUUUUUUCCUCCUGGUGUUUGGCUAUUUCUAGUUUGGAAAACCCACCUUAGUAAAGAGCCAUUUUUCGA